GUUACGGAUCUUGGCAGCAUGGACGCGGGCAGCGACGACGGCGCCUCGCCGUCGGUCGUCACGGCGGUGCGCGUCCGGCCCAUGUCGGACGACGAGCGCAAGGCCGGCUGUCGACUCAUUGUUGCGAUGGACGGCAACGCGACGAUCGUGACUGACCCCGCGGGACUGCAUGCGCGGGGGGCGCCCGCAUCGCCGGCCCACGCCACGAAGCUCUGGAAGCAGUCGUUUACGUACGACAAGAGCUACUGGUCGUACGCCCCGUCGGACCCGACGUACGCGAGCCAAGCGCGGCUGUACGAAGACUUGGGGACGCACGUGCUCCAGGAUGCGUGGCGCGGCUUCAACUGCUCGCUCUUUGCCUACGGCCAAACCGGCGCGGGCAAGUCGUUUAGCAUGAUGGGCAAAGCCAAAGGCAACAACAACCACUCGCACCAGCACGCGAUCUCGUCGGCCCACGACGGCUUGAUCCCGCGGCUCUGCCAUGGCCUCUUUGAGAAAAUCAACGCGGUCCCCGACGACGCGCGGUCCUACUUGGUCAAGAUGAGCUACGUCGAGAUCUACAACGAGCGCGUCUACGACCUCCUCAACCGCUCCGACAAGGAUGCGCUCAAGGUGCGCGAGCACCCUGACCGAGGCGCGUACGUCGAGCACGUGAGCAACCACGUGGUGACGAGCUACCACGACAUCGAGUACCUCCUUGGCGAAGGCGCCAAGACGCGGCGCGUCGCGGCCACCGAAAUGAACCAAGUGUCGUCGCGGUCGCAUGCGAUUCUAACGCUCUCACUGCGGCGCGAACUCAAGGACGGACAGCGCGUCUCCAAGAUGUGCAUGGUCGACUUGGCGGGGAGUGAGCGCACCGAGCUCGCGCAAGGCACGCGGCUGCGCGAGGCAGCGUACAUCAACAAGUCGCUCUCCGCGCUCGGCGACGUCAUCCACGCCUUGGCGACCAACGUGCAGACGCCGGGCACGUCUUUUGUGCAAUUCCGCAACUCGAUUCUGACACGGCUGCUCAAAGACAGUCUCUGCGGCCAGUCCAAGCUCGUCAUGCUCGCGGCCAUUAGCCCAUGCUGUAUUCACUACGACGAGACCGUGAGCACCCUCAAGUACCUCGAGCGGGUCAAGGUCGCUUUGGCCCAUUCGUCGCCGCCGCUGGUACACGAGUCUUGCAGACGAUGUAUGCAAACUCGAUCGUUAUUAGAUGGAGCUCACGCCGUGCGAGACCGAGGCGAGCGUGAGCACCCAGCUGCGCCUCGAGAUUCUCGCUCUGCGAGGCCAACUGCGCACAGCCUCGGUGACGAGUCGUGCGACGACGAUGCCGCGACCGAGCCAGAGACCACGGGGUGCCACCACCUCGGUGUGGCCCAUCUCGUCAACUUGAACCAAGACCCGACGUUUACAGAAACCAAAUUCUACUGCAUUGAAGAAGGCGUCACGACGGUCGGGCGACCAGGCGAAAGCGACGUGGUGCCCGACAUUGUCUUGGACGGUCCGGACAUUUUGCCGCUGCACUGCGUCUUCCACUGCAACGAAGACGGCGAUGUGAGCGUCCGGCCGGCGCUCCACGCGUCCAUUUACCUCAACGGCAGCGAUCUCAGCCAGACGUUGGACGCGUGCCACGUCCCCAACGGAUCCCGCCUGACGCUUGGUGCCCACCACGUCUUUCGGUUUGACCUGCCGCACAUUGCCUUACCCAUUUCGAGUCGCGUCGAUUGGAGCUUUGCCCAUAACGAGCUCCUCGAGACGCUUUUGCCCCAGCGCAGCACGACACUACCAAGAGUUGUCUGCGAUGAGAAGAGCACUCAAGUUGAGGUCGUCGCCACGUCCUCAAGUUUGCGCGUCGAUGCCGCCUCUCAGUGUCUGGCGUUCGAUCGUGCAAGCAGCGGCGCUCACACGUCGCCACUCACAUCGGAUGACGUCAGUGUGCAGUGUGAUUUGGGAUUACCGGCACCACCCGACAUCCCAGUAACCACCGCAAGUGCGCGUCACGACGUCGGCAUUUACUGCUGCCUACCGUCGUCACCCCAUGACAUUAUGGACGCAUGUCACCAAACCGAGCCACCGAGUGUGCGUGACGCAGCGAUGCAAGUGGCGACGUCUCUUUUGAGUGCGUCGACGCAAACGGUCGAUUACGACACAAGUAUCAAGUUUAGCGAAAAUGACAAGCUCGGUCUCGAACGCCGAAUUGCCAAGCUCAAACUCGAGCUCAAGAAGAAGGAGCGGCAGCUCAAGGCGACGCCAGCGUUGAGCAACCAAAUGACGACGCUACCCGUCCUCGAACCCGAAGCGUUACCGCUGCCGAUACCGCCACCGUACGACGCAACAUUUGACGAAAGCCUCUGGCGGUUGCGCGACCACUUGGCGUCGCUCCUCGACUUUGCGCCGGCGACGAGCGAAUGCCCCACGCAAGACGACCCGGCGUGGCGCCACGCCGUGCUCGUGGACCUCGAAACCCUCGUCGAGGCCGUCCCCAAGCCGAGACUGGACGCGCCGAUGAAUGCUAGCCUCGCGCGCAUUCGCAAGCAGCUGGCCGCAAACCUUGAGCUAACCCUUCCCCCGGCGACGGAGGAUCUGGAUAGCGACCCGGUGUGGCGAACGCAGGUGCUGAGUGACAUUGAAGCCAUGGUGCUUGCCCCGCCGCUGCCCGUCACGAUCGUGCUGCCACCGUGGCCAUCGAGCCAAGCGUCGUACGCGCAUCUUCUCGAGAGCUAUGUGCACGCGAGCCAGCACGAGCUCUCGCAGCUUUCGCAAGCGUCAACGAUGCACUUGGGGUCGUACGCCAAGGCGAUUGCGUCGCUCGAAGCCAAGUUCACGUCGCUCUGCGUCGCGCUCAACACCAAGUGCCACCAAGAGCAAGUGUACUUUCAAUCUCAAUUUCAAAGUACGAGCCUCGAGCUCGCGCGCCACGUCGAGUCCAAGCAACGUCAGCUCCAGUCCGCAUCGGUGGUCGCGGCGCAGCUCCUCGAGCAGCUCCAGAGCUCGCUUCAAGCGCAGAUGGACGCUGCGACGUCGCAAUACCAGGCACAGCACGAAGCGUGGAUGCAGGAGCUCCAAAGCUUCACAAAGGAGCACUUUGACGCGAUGGCGACGUGCGGCGCCGAGGCCGCGUUCGCCGACGAGCAAGCGCGCAUGCAAGUGGCCGAGUGGGACACCAAGUGCCACCACCUCGUGGCCGAGACCGACGCCGUGCUCUCCGAGACGCGCGCGAUGCACGCCAAGGAGCUCCGAUCGCUGCGCGAGAAGGCGGCCAUCGAGCUUUGGAGUCUCGAGACGCGCCGCAUGCGCGACGAAGAAGAAUGCAUGCAUGCGACCGAGGCGAUGCUGCGGGCGUUUGAGGCGACGAUGGCCACCCGCGCGCGCGAGCAAGCCGAGUGGGAGACGCAAAAGCAAGACGACCUCGCGGCGCUCCAGGCCGAGCAUGCGACCGCCAUGAGCUAUCUCGAGGCGCAACACAGUAGCAUGUACAGCAUAGCACGCGAGGCCCGUGAGCUCUACGGGAUGGCGGACGAAGAUGCGCGCGUGCGCUGGCUGGCGACCGCCGCGCAGCUCGACGGCGCGAUCGAGGUAGCGAAGGCGGUCCACGCCACCGCAUUGGUCGACGCCAAGUCCAGGGCGGCCAAGCAGCACAGCAUCCAUUGCCAAAAGCUCGCCGAGGCCGCCGCGCACUUUGACGCGCGGUUGGCGGCGCUCGACGCAACAGCCGUCGACGACUCGGUGGCGCACGCGCGCUUCAUGAAGUCGCUCCGGUCGCGGCAGAUGGCCGAGGAGGCGCAACUCGCGACCACGGUGCACACAUCGCGGUCGCUUCUCGCCGAGCAGCGCAGCCAGCUCGUUUGGAACGCCAAGGAGGUGCGGGAUGCGCAUGCGUCGCUGCACGCCGAGCACCAGCACCGCCUCGACGAGAUGACGCGCUGCCAUGCCAACAUUGUGCGGGACCUCGACGCUGCAUUUCAAAUGCAAGAAGCCACGCGCGCCGACGAGCUCCAAGCGCGAUCUCGGCAGUACGAGGCAGAGCUGGCCGCGCGCGUGGAGCUCAUGCGCGAGGGCCAAGCCGGCGCGAGCAUGCAGGUGGAAGAUGCGAUCGCGACGCAUGUGCGCGUUUUGGAGUCGAUCGAAGCCGAGUGGAAGAGGUGGGUCGAGGCGCAAGCGAGUGCGCCGGAUGACCCCGUCGGCGUCGACGAGCGCCACGCAGCGUAUGUCGCGCAGCAAGGCCAGUGCGACGCCGAGAUCAGCGCGCUGCGACAGCGCUGCAGCGACGUCGAGCGAGAGGAAGUCGAGCGGCACAAGCAAGUAAACGAAGAACACAAGGCGCGGCUGCUUGCCUUGGCGCAGACGCAUGACGAACACCUGAGCCGGUACAGUAUGACGUGGCACGACGCCGAGAGCCGAACGAUGAACGAGGUCUUCCGGCUGCAAGAUCGGUGCAACUCGCAACUGGUGGCGAUCGAAGCAGAGCAUGCAGCGCAGCGCCGCAAGCUUGAGGACCUCCAAGACGAGCGCCGGCUGCAGCAACAAGUGCAGCUCCGCCACAUACAGGCCAACAUGGACGAAGUCGCCUUUGCCCACGCAGAGACGCUCCGGGACAUUGAAGAGCGCCACGAGCGGCAGCUUCAGGCGCUGCGGGCUGACGCCGCGGUGUCCGAAGAAGCGCGCAUGGAGGCAUUCGAGGGCCAGCGCCGACGGCACGAGUGGGCGAUGCAUGAAGCGGAGAACGUCGCACGGGACGAGCACACAAGAUGCUUGACGUUGCUCACGGACCUCGCACGCGCGCACCGAGAAACACUUCUGAGUGCGCAGCAGGCACUCAGUGCCCUUGACAACGACCACCGCGAGUGGGUGCGCGCGUUCGAGGUGCAGUGCGCGACCGAAAAAAGCACCGCCGAAGCCACCAUGGAGACCCAAUGGCAAUCGAUGCAAGCCAGUUUGAACGCACGCGAGGUCGAGUUCCAAGCGCGCGUCGCACAGCUGCGCCGCGUCGACGACGACGACGACAAGCUCCACGCGGACGAAGUCGCGAUGCUGUUGGUCGCGUGGACCGAGCGCCUCACGUGCGUGCACAUGGAAACCGAAGACGUCCGGUCGCGCUGCGUCGGCGAGAUGCGCGCGCUGGCCACCGCCCAUGCCGACGCUAUCGAGCUCAUCGAGCGCGACCACCAAUAUCGGGCAGAAGACUUUGCCCGCGCGCGGGCGAUGGCAGCACUGCAGCACCAGACGAACCAGUGGACCGGCGAUGCCGUCUCGCUCAACCAGCAAGCGUUCUACGACGAAGCGUGCGUGGCGCUGGACCGCAAGUGGGAAGCCGCUGUCGCCGAGCACGACGCCCGCACAAAAGCGUCAGCCAUUGCGCACGCGCAAGCGAUCGACGUCGCCCGGCUGCAGCACGAAGCCAAGCUCCUCGAAAUGCAGCACGUGGUACGGGAUUUAUCUAACGUCUUUGCGACGGCCCUCGACCGGUACAAGGUGCGGCUGGCCGAUCUGCUGGCCGAGACGCGGCUACGCUGUUCGUCCGAAGAGGCCUCGUGGCGGGAUGCAGUGCGCGACGAACGGUCGGCAACGCUGCACGCCGAGCUGCGUGCGCUCAAGCAGGCCGAAGCGGCCGCUGCGGAAGCGCACGUCGCCAGUAUGCACGCGGCGCAGGCGCAGUGGAGCACCCAGAUCCGAAAACUGGAGAUGGAAGUCGAAGACGUCGCGAGCUACCAUGAGCGGCUAUGUGUCAACGCCAAGGCGGCGUUCGAUGACGCGAUUCGUAGCGUGGAGGCCCGCCAAGCCAGCACGGAGACACAGACGCUCCGCGAGAAGGCGGAGCUCGAUUCCAUGGCAUUGGCCGAAGCCGAUGUCAUCGCCGAGCUUCAAGCAACGUUGAUGGUCGCGUCUACCGCAGCGAGGAGGGCGCGCCAAGCGGAGCUGCAAGCGGCGUACGCAGCGCAGUUGCGCGAGGUCCUGCUCUGGCGACGGCGCAAAGAAGCUCUCGAGGCGACGUAUGUGGCCGAGAUGGACGACCUCCAGAGUGCGUGCCUGCAACUGCUGCAGACAACCGACGUACCGACGCGGUCGCACAUGACGACGGCAAAACGAAAACUCGUGCGAUCGCGCGUCGGGUUCACGCUGGCGCGUGCGGUCGACCAUCAGGCGAGCAAGGAGCAUGAAGCCAACUUGGACGCGAUCACGGAUCUCGCAGUCGAGUGCCGAAGCAACAUGGAAAUGGCACUUGAGGACCCAGCCCGUGCGCUGUUUGACGAUUGCUUGGACGACCUCGACGAGCUCGAGGACGAGCCAGCCAAAGUGCACCCAAUUCGGCAGCCAGCGACGUUUGUGGACGACGCGAAAGAGGCGACAUCCAGCUUGACACAUCUCGUGCUUGAUCCUAGUGCCUUGCCUGCUCUUUCUUGUGUGCGCCCCGCACUCUCAAGCGACGAAGCCGAGAUCCUCCAUACUCUGACACUGCAGGGCAGUCUCAUGGAGCGCAUGGAGGCCGAGCGCCGGUCGUUCAAACUACGUUGCGACGAGUACAGCCGUGGCAUGAACAAACUUCAAGCAGCACUGCGGGCGAGUGAAGACAUGACAGCCGCGGCGGAUGCGAAAGCGAGGAACGACGCCGAGACGAUUGCGCUGCUGCAGGAGAAGGUCAAACUGCUCGUCGUGGAGUUACCGCCGUCGCCCACCGCCGCCCCUCUCGUACUGCCAAAGGAGCCAAUGGUCGAGUCGAACAGUAGCAGCACGCUGCUAAGAGGCUGGAAAGCAUAGCCCGCCUACGGACGUUUUGGUUUGUCAUAUCCGUCUUUAUGACCAGUCUUGUGGUGUCGUCGUCUCUA